CAGGGAAAAGGAGCGGGAGCAGCUCUCUGCCUUACGGAAACACCACGAGGAAGAGAUUCACCACCACCAGAAAGAGAUUGAGCGUCUGCAGAAAGAAAUCGAGCGCCAUAAGCAUAAGAUCAAGCAGCUUAAAGAUGACUAAGCUGGUGCUGUUGUUGAAUGUGCAUGGCCAAUACUGAUCAUGGUGUAAAUCAGCGUGAAGACUGUAUUUUUUGGUCAACAUAAUCCAAAUCCAUACAAUUAUGGUCUGCAACAACAUCAAAUAAACUACUCAGUCUCACUUU